CAACAACUAUGAGGCAAAAAACAGCAACAAAAUUGUUUUCCUGUUGGAUACAAAGUUUUAAUAAAAUAACCCACAUGAAUCAUUACAGCAUCAGCUGAUUGGUGAGUUUUCUACUGCUGAAUUUACUGCACUGAUCUGUGGCACUUUUUGCGUUUUGCGGCUUGGCUGUUGUUGCUGAGCUCUGCUCCUCUUUUACUGCUUCCUCUUCCUUUUGUUAAACAGCCAAGUAGUCGCACCACUGCAGUAUCCUAUUAGUAGUAGUAUAAAAAGCAUCAGUAAUUUGAGAUAAUGCAGUAUUUUGUAGCAUUAAUCCGAUUAUGAAAUGUAACAAGUAGCUGUAACAGUAAUAUGACCUGAUACAAUAAGGAGUCUAUUAUGACAGAUAAAGGGAGGCUGGCUCCGUCCAGUGUUUGGGGAUGUGUUCUUGCACGCGGAAGCGGCAGAGUGUUUGAGCGCCGUCUCGUCGCCGGACCGGAUCACCGCUGUAGCGUGUGCGUGUAAUCCGAUCUGCUGCGGGCUGCGUCGUUUCGUUUCGUCUCCGCAGCUUCCCACCGGCCCGACGGCGUGCUCGGCGCCGUGCUCCUCACUCUGCGUGACGUCAAACCAGCAUGGCGGUCAAGGUGCAAUCUACUAAACGUGGGGACCCGAGUGAGCUGAAAACUAUCUUCCAGAAGUAUGCCAGCGUGGUGGACAAGGAUGGAGAGAGGUUCAUGACCCCGGGGGACUUUGUCCAGCGGUAUCUGGGACUGCAGACACAGAUUCACCACAACCCUAGAACUGUACAGCUCAUCGCUGCCGUUGCCGACACCACAAAGGACGGACUGAUCUCGUUCCAAGAGUUUUUGGCGUUUGAGUCGGUGUUGUGUGCCCCAGACGCUCUCUUCAUUGUAGCCUUCCAGCUGUUUGACAAGACUGGGACUGGAACUAUUUCCUUUGAAAAUGUGCAGGACAUCUUCAGCCAGACCACAGUGCAUCACCACAUUCCCUUUAACUGGGACUGUGAGUUCAUCCGCCUGCACUUCGGCCACGACCGCAAAAAACUCCUCAGCUACCUCGAAUUCACCCAGUUCCUGCAGGAGCUGCAGUUGGAGCACGCACGCCAGGCGUUUGCACAGAAGGACAAAGAAAAGAACGGCGUCAUCUCCGCCAUGGACUUCAGUGACAUCAUGUCCACCAUCAGACACCACAUGCUCACACCUUUUGUGGAGGAGAACCUUGUGUCUGCUGCGGGUGGUAGCACCUCUCACAUGGUCAGCUUCUCUUACUUUAAUGCCUUCAACUCCCUCCUGAACAACAUGGAGCUGAUCCGUAAGAUCUACAGCACGCUGGCGGGCACGCGGAAGGACACGCUCCUGACCAAAGAGGAGUUUGUUCAUGCUGCCAACAAGUUCGGUCAGAUCACUCCUAUGGAAAUUGACAUCCUGUAUCAGUUGUCAGGCCUGCACUCCCCAUCUGGGCGCCUUAACCUUGCUGAUAUUGAGAGAAUAGCGCCGCUGGAGGAAGGAAGUUUGCCCCACCACCUGGUUGAAAGCCAAAAGCCUCAUGGGGACGGCUCUCGGUCUGUGUGGCUCCAGAUUGCAGAGUCGGCCUACAGGUUCACCCUGGGCUCCAUCGCCGGAGCCACGGGAGCGACGGCCGUGUACCCCAUCGACUUAGUGAAGACUCGUAUGCAGAACCAAAGGUCCACGGGAUCCUUUGUUGGAGAGCUCAUGUACAAGAACAGCUUUGACUGCGCUAAGAAGGUGCUCCGCUAUGAAGGCUUCUUUGGCUUCUACAGAGGUCUGGUUCCUCAGCUUAUAGGUGUGGCACCUGAGAAGGCUAUUAAACUCACAGUGAAUGACUUCGUAAGAGACAAGUUCACCGAGAAAGAUAACACAAUUCCUUUAUUUGCUGAGAUUCUGGCUGGUGGCUGUGCCGGAGCGUCUCAGGUGAUCUUUACCAACCCUCUUGAGAUUGUGAAGAUUCGUCUGCAGGUGGCAGGUGAGAUCACCACCGGCCCGCGGGUCAGUGCGCUCAGCGUGGUCCGUGACCUGGGCUUCUUUGGACUCUACAAGGGUGCUAAAGCUUGUUUCCUAAGAGACAUCCCCUUCUCAGCCAUUUACUUCCCCGUGUAUGCCCACACUAAAGCCCAGCUAGCCGAUGACCAGGGCAGGGUGGGACCUUUGCAGCUUCUCACUGCUGGAGCAAUUGCAGGCAUCCCUGCUGCAUCCCUCGUGACUCCUGCUGAUGUCAUCAAGACACGCCUCCAAGUCGCAGCUAGGGCAGGACAGACCACCUACUCAGGGGUCAUAGAUUGCUUCAGGAAGAUAAUGAAAGAGGAGGGGUUCAGGGCUUUGUGGAAGGGGGCCGGAGCUCGUAUGUGCCGGUCUUCCCCUCAGUUUGGUGUGACCCUGGUGACGUAUGAGCUUUUACAGCGGUGGUUCUAUGUUGACUUCGGAGGACAUCGCCCGACAGGAUCUGAGCCCACGCCCAAGUCUCGCAUCUCAGAGCUUCCUCCCAUCCACGCAGACCACGUUGGAGGCUACCGUCUGGCUGCAGCGACCUUUGCCGGGGUGGAGAACAAAUUUGGCCUUCACCUGCCCAAAUUUAAGUCUUCCGGUGUGGUUUCAAUACACCAUUCAGAGCCAACCGCGACGGCUAAAGCCCCAUAAAGGUCUGCAUGCCGUCUCACUCUACCAUCCCCCUUCUCCUCUACCAGGAGCCAGACACUUAGAUACACAAUCCAAACACGCACAGUUAACACACACUCCACAAAUCGGGGCCAUUAAAGUAGGAGGAAACGCAGGUCCAUGGUGAGCUCCGCUAGUCCUCAGUCAGAGGUGGAGUGCUGGCAGCAGCUGUGGACGUAGCUGAACAGGCAGCAAAGAGACCAGAGCACAGACUGUGCUGUAUCUUCAGUGGCUGCUUGUUCCUGGCCUCUCCAUUCUUUGUGUUCUUCUCUACAGCAUUUGUAUAAAACGGAGCUUUGGGCGCUCCUCAUGAGUAGCUAUGAUUUUUAUUUUGUUCUGUCUGAAACUGUUUGAGUAGGACAUCUUUCAUAUUGGACAGCUGGCAUAGAAACAGUUAGAAUGACCAGGACAGCGUGUCUUCACUCUUGAUUGAUCCGCACACGGCAGGCUAGCGCUGUACAUAUUGUAUAACUGCAGUGAAGAAAAUGUUACAAGACAAAGCUCCGUAACAUUCAGUCAGCAUCAUUAUACAGUAACUGUAAUGUUCUGACAAUGUGGGACCUGGUCUCUGAGAAUCAAUCUUAAUAAUGUAUAGAACAUUCAAUUAAGUGUUUUCUUGAUAAACCAAAAAUGAGCAGAGAAUUAGGUAUUAUAAAUUAAAUGUAUCUCAAAUCAGUCUGUAUUUUAUUGAAAUAAAUCAUCCAUAUGGUUUAAAUUUUA